UUUUGAAAUGGAACCCAGUGUGUUAUAUAAAUGGUGAAGUCAUACUUGCGCUACGCGCUGGACGACAGCUUCGGUACAGUUACUUCACGUGGCUGCCGUAGUGUCGCUGCUCUGUCCCACGAUUAUAUAAUCAGUGGCCAUGAUGAACGAGUGAGUGUGUGGAAUUGCCGUACGGGCGAAGCCCGUGUCCACUUUGACGCCAAGCCAGAUGACCUGUAUAACCCAUCUGAUGUGACUGCCUUCGUUUGCUCCCAUUCACGUAAUAAAUGGCUAUAUGUCGGCUACCAUGACGGAUCGAUUCGUCGUUUUGAGAUGCCUCCGGCGUUGCCCACUGAUGCCGUUUCCGUUAUCCACGAGGACUUUAAGGUCCAUGGCCACAAAAGCGCUAUCACGUGUUUGGCCAUAAGCCCUUCGCAACAGUUGUUGGCAUCGGGAUCCCAGGAUUGUUGCAUUAUAAUAUGGGAUACUACUGGGGACCUAGGUCUAUUUCGCCUGGAAGGUCACCGUAACGAAGUUUGUGACCUACGAUUCGUUUCACAUAGCCAGGGAUCCGAGUCACAUUUGAAGUCACGUAAACUUGGAGUUGGAUCUGCUGUAGGUAGGAAUUCUGAUGACAUUUUGGGCUUCCUCAUCAGUGUAUCCAAGGACUGUAUCGUGCGCAUAUGGGACCUAACAUCGCAGCUUUGUAUCCAGACUGUGGUCCACUCAACAGCGGAAUUGUAUGGAUUGGCAAUUAAUCAAAAUGAGACGAGGAUGUAUAUUGCCGGAGCCGAGAAUCGCAUCCGUUGCUAUAAGCUGGAUAUGUCCGGUGGUGAGAAGGAUACAAGCAGUACCUACGACAUCCCGGUUUACGCAAAGCAGCUGUCUACACUAAAUCGUCAAGAGGCUCAUGGCCGAUGCCGAAAGCUGUGUAUAGUCUAUCCCGGCGAUAGCAUGGACAGUCCAGGGAAACCAGAUACCGGGAGCCAAAUGGAAAUUGAACACAAAGGGCUGCUGUUAUCCGUUUCAAGUAAUUUCGUAGUUUUCUACAGACUCUUCGACUCAAAGGAGGCUUCUAAACGCCAGAAAAGACGGUUAAAGCGAGUUGCCGAGAAGCAGCGUGCUAGAUGCAACAAGUUGCGCGAAGCGGUUGCUGCUACCGGGCGUAGUGUGGAUACGAAAUUCGAUGCCCUGGAAGAUGAAAUCGCAUAUUUGGAAAAGCUGCUAAGUGGCAGUAACCCAUUGGAAACCAGUGAUAUUGACCCGUUUGACCCGCAGAAUGAUGUAUCGGACCAGGCUGCCACAGACGAGAUUAACUACAUGUUUGCUGUUAACGUCCUGGAGCGUGUAGCGUCAUUCGUGGCUAUACCGAAUGGCUUUGUAGUUGGACAUAGCACUAACUGCGUCAGCGUAUGGCGUAUGAAUGUGAAUAAGCUGGUGCAAGCCAAAGCUAAGGAUGAAGGUAACAGUGAUAUGGUGUCGCAGGUCGAGCGAAUUCACAUCUUGAACAUGGUGGGACACCCAGGGCCGAUCCUGGGACUCUGCAUAUCGCCUAAUGAUAUGAUGUGCUGCUCGUUUUCAGUUGACUGCACCAAAAUAUGGAAUAGCCGUACCCUUCACUGCAUCAGGACCUUGGAUACCAAGUCAGUCACGUGUGCCUACUUCAUAGCGGGAAAUAAGCAUUUGAUGCUAGGAACCGCUAAAGGAACCCUGGAAGUAGUAUAUCUCGAUGCAUGUGAAGUCACGGAGCUCUACAAAGUUGCCCCGGAGGUCAAUAAACGCUCUAGAGGGCUAGACGUGGUUGCCAUGACGGAACACCCAGACCAUUCAUCGUUUGCAGCGGCGUUCCGCGACAGGUCGGUGAAGCUGUUUCGAUACGUAUUAAAGAAAAAGGGUACUGUGGACAGCCUGUGCCUAAAGGACAUUGGGGAGAUAUCGCUCACUGAUGACCCUACUGGUAUAUGCUACUCCAGCGAUGGCAGGUUGCUGGCAGUGGCACUAGAGGACAGUACUAUACAGACAUAUUACGCCGAUACGCUCAAGCCGUUUCUAUCGCUAUAUGGCCACAAACUGCCAGUUACAUCUAUCGAUAUAUCAUCCGACGGUGCCCUGUUGGCCUCAUCGUCACUUGAUAAGACCACUAAGAUUUGGGGUCUUGAUUUCGGUAAUAUUCGCAGGUCACUCCUGGGACAUUCCGCGGCAGUGGUCAAGUGUCGAUGGAUCAAUGGGACACACUACCUGGUGACCACAGGUCUAGAUGCAUUGAUCAAGAUGUGGGACUGUGAUACGUACCAGCUGAUAUGCCAGCUCAGAGGACACAGUUCAGCUGUACGGUCACUGGCGAUAAGCGCGGACGCACAUUAUUUCAUCAGUGCUUCUGAUGAUAGCACUAUACGAUUCUGGAAACGAACUGAUGAGCAGUUGUUCCUGUCAGAGGAACGUGAACGGGAUUUAGAUAUACAACUGGAACAUGAAGCUACCAGGGAUGACAUUAACCACCCAAUUCCAGUGGAUCGUGAUGCACUGGUAAAUAAGGCCUCCAGGAAGACUAUAGAGUCCGUGAAAGCUACAGAGGACCUCAUGCGAGUAGUGGACGAGGCUGAAGAGUAUCGAUCUGCACUUGAAGACUACCAACGUGAGCUUAGGGAAUACGAACUGCUCAUGGCCGAUAAGGGACCCAUAAAGAAGUACGGUACACCGGAUAUUAGCGCUCCCACGGAACCCGCGGCGCCGUUGGAACUGUUUAACAGGACGCCGACGGAGCAUGUAAUGCUUGCGUUGAGUACUAUCAGCCAUAACGUGAUACACGAGGUGCUGAUAGCGCUGCCGUUCAUAUACGCCGAAAAGAUACUGGCGUAUAUAGUACAGGGAUUGGAAGCUUAUCAGGCACACAUCUCACGCAAUGUGCUGAACUUACACACUAUUGAAAUGUGCGCCAAGGCAUGUAUGCUACUGCUACAGAUGUACUUCCGACAGUUCUACGCCCAGAGUCACCAAAGGCCGUUAUUAGCUAAAUUGGAGAAGUUGCUGCCAGUAGCAUUACAACACGAGCUUGACCGGAUGCUACUAAACAAGGCUGCCCUGGAAUACAUGAAGAAUUUAAUAGAUACCGAGGAAGUAUCCAAGCGCAUACGGGAUUUGUAAGCGUUCUGCAC